GCUGGCUUUCGCGGGCUAUCUGUGGUCUCCGACAGGAUCGUCUGGGUCUCGGGAACCAACAACUCUGUCUAUCGAACCACUGAUGGCGGAACCUCUUGGAGCGACCUCACGAUUACGCACAAAGAGACUUUCACCAAUGCAACAGGUACAUACCCUGUCAUCCUGGAUUUCCGCGAUAUUGAAGCCUUUUCUGCUCAAGUUGCCGUUGCUAUGGCUGCUGGCGAUGGAAGCCUGAAUCAAACGAGCGUGUGGUAUACAGAAGAUGGGGGCAAACGUUGGCGCAAAUCAAGAACUCCAAAGAAUCCAAUUUUCUACGACAGCCUUGCUUGGGAGAACAAGCAUCACGGCCUGUUAUUGCAAGACCCUGCAAAUGCUACAGACGGAAGCAUGGGUCUUUUGGAAACUCACGAUGGUGGUAAGAGCUGGAGAGAAGUCACUACUACGGGUCUAGAAGCCCAAGGCCAAGCAGCGUUCGCUGCAAGUGGUACAUGCAUUGCCUUUGUCGCUGGACGGUGGUAUAUCGUCACCGGAGGUAGUCCCAAUCCUUCGCGUGUUUUCCGCAGCUCGAAUGGACGCAGUUGGAAAGACGCGAACACCAGCCUUGUGGGCGAUCCGAACGUCGAGCUCGGCUACUCAGGGUACGGGAUGAACUCGGUCGCAUUUCGCGAUUCUCGGAACGGUCUCGUCGUUGGGGGUAGUUUCAGUACCGGCGUACCUGCGAGCAAAAACAAUGUGGCAUAUACUCGCAAUGGCGGAGUAACUUGGACCUCGUCGAACUCAGCGCUGGAAUAUCGUUCGGCAGUAUCAUGGCUUCCGGGAAAAUCGAAGCUGGCAGUAGCUGGUGGCCAAACCGGCACCAACUUGACACGGGACGGAGGUGUUACAUGGGAAGGCCUGACAGAUGAGCACCGCAACGAAUUCUUUGCUGUGCAGUGUAUCAAAGGUGGGGUAUGCUGGGCAUCUGGACGCAAAGGCGCAGUCGGCCGCAUC